AUGUUUACCAGUCAGCAAUUUGUAGAUUCCACCGCCUCCAGCGACUCCGGGUCAAGCUACUUGCACGCCACCCUUGAACGCAUCGAUCAACUCUCGAAUAAUGUGUUCAGCGCGACAGGUAGCAAACGCUACCUGGUUGUCGAUACGAAUAUCCUAUUGAGCCAUUUAGACGCGCUACAAGACUUCGUGGAAGAUGUUCAGCAUCUGCAUCUGAGCCAGGAUGUCGCCGUAGUCAUUCCUGGCGCCGUGAUUGGAGAGCUUGACGGACAGAAGAAUCGUGACGGGCUCGCUUGGUUCGCCCGUCGCGCCUCCGCUUGGAUCCUCAGCAAAGUACGCGAACGCGACGUGGUUAGAGGCCAGGCAGACGAGGAGACGUGUAAAUCGUCGGAAAACUGGAAGAAAUCAUCGCCAGAGGACUAUGAACAUGAACAAGGUCUGGACUGGGGUCAGCUGAACGACCGCCUUAUCCUCGACUGCUGUCAGUACUUUCGCAAUAUUGCCGGGCGAUCCGUCGUACUCUGUAGUGCCGAUAACAAUCUCUGCCUUCAGUGUGAAUCAGCCAGUAUUCCAAGUAUUACGCCUUCACAAUACUUCAGCAGUCGUGAGAUUGCAACAACUAUAUUCAGCGACCGUGUCGAUAUUCAUCAGUUUCGGCCACGCUUUCGCCGUAACAGACCUGCCUACACCAAUCCGGCGGCUGAUCCACCUCGCCAAUCGAAAAUCCAUCAGGAUGAAGAUAUGGACAUGGAUAUCGAUGAGGAAGAAUCUGUGGUCGACUACAGCAUGCCCAGCCACCCGCUGGACUUGUUGCAUAUUCAAAUCUGCGAGCACUUCUCAACGCUGCUUGUCGAGCUUGUUACACGCGUCGGAGGAGACGAGAUUCGGCAGGCACAGACAGGCGGUGCCGCCCAAUCACGGUACGCGCCCGCGUGGACAAAGAAUCUCAAUCCCUUAUCGCACUGGACGCCCUCAGAAUGCUUGGAAUACCUAAAUGACAAAAAGCGGAUAAAGCCGACAUCUCCACCAAUCGAUGUGUUCCUAACCAAGAAAUCCGUCAAGACUUCCACAUUGAUUGGUGCCCAUAGGGCGAACCCUGCAAGACGAGGGCAGGACUGGUCAACACGAGACUGGGAAAUUGCGCUCACUGGUUUACAAGCCCUUGGCAGCGCCUGGGGAGAAGGAUCUUUCCAGGAGUCGCUUGCCGUGCUAGCGCCUCAUCUAAAUCAGGUCUUUUCCCAGCGUAUGCGGCCAACAGGAAUAUGA